AUGGCUGCUCCCGCUUUGCAUGCCCGCAAUACUCCUCUCGUCGCAUCCCCCAUCCUACCCAUGCCACCACUCCAUCCUCGGGCCGUUCUCAUCAGAUACCCAUCUAGUUGCGCGGAAGACAGGCUCGGUGGCGGAUCCUCCUGUCCUGCGGCCGAGGUCUCCGUCCCUCGUCGCUUUCUUUGGAGCUGA